AUGGCUAGUGAGGAGAGUUUUGAAGUGUUGGUUCACCACAGAGGAUCGAUUAAGAGGAAAACACGAUCCGGUGUGAAGUUCCCUGAUAAAGAUCCUUUCAGUAUUUUCGUGAGGCCUACGAUGAACUAUGACGACCUUGUUAGUUCUGUUCUACGGAAACUUGGUCUAGAAGGCGUGAAACAGUUUCCCAAAGUGAGGACACCAGAACUGUUGGCGAAGUUGGUUGAUGUGGUAUCUAGCUCGGGGAGUUCGAACCGGAAUACCCCCAUUGUAGCCACGGUAGCCGGUUCUAGCUCAAGACCUGCGGGUGCGUCUUCCUCCGUCCCUGUGUAUGAACCUCCGGUCCAGCCUGUCACCUCCCAUUCGUUCGCUGUGGAUCUCAAUAGAAGUGGAGGCGGUGAGGUUGGAAUAGGGGAUUACGUGCCGACCCCUUUACAGUGUGCUGCACCGGCUGGUCUUGGAGAUGCAUUGUUGGAUAAUCCAGUGGACGAUGAUGUGGAGCCAGAUAUCAUUGCUGAUGACAGUGGCGAUGAUAUUGGACCGAGUGAGCCUGCUACUGCGAAAGGUGGUUCUAGCUCUGGCACACAGCAGUACCCUCCACAUUUUUUAUCUUUGGACUUGGAUGACAAGGAUGAGGUUGUGUUAAGUGUGAAGACUUACAGCAUCCGACGCGGGGUACAGUACAAGGUGGUGGAGUCUGACUAUCGCCGGAAUAUUGGGAAGUGUUCUGAGUUUGGGAAUGGGUGCACAUGGUUGAUUCGGCUUAGCCUCCGGCAGCGCAAGGGCAUUUGGGAGGUCAAAAAGUACAACGGACCACAUACGUGUCUAGCGACCUCCAUCUCCAGCGAUCACAGAAGUUUGGAUUAUCAUGUGAUCUCGGCAUUCAUCAUGCCAAUGAUUCGGGCUGAUGCAUCCGUAUGCAUCAAGGAGUUCUUAAAUGCCACAGCCGCACACUUUGGGUUUAGUCCCACGUACAGGAGGGUCUGGCUGGCGAAGCAGAAGGCCAUUGCGCACAUCUAUGGUGAUUGGGAUGAGUCGUAUAACGAGCUCCCUAUGUGGGUGUUAGGAGUUUAUUUGACGAUGCCUGGUACGGUUGCAGUCCUUAGGACGAGCCCAGUUCGAGUUGGAGGACAGGUGGACGAGUCGCAAGCUUAUUUUCACCGACUGUUCUGGACGUUUCCACUAUGUAUCGAGGCAUUUCGUCAUUGCAAGCCGUUGUUCAGUAUUGAUGGCACCCAUCUGUAUGGCAAGUAUGGGGGAACGUUGCUCGUCAUGAUUGCACAGGACAGGAACUCCAACAUUCUACCUGUUGCAUUCGCCCUAGUUGAGGGUGAGAAUGCGGAGUCCUGGUCCUUCUUCCUCUCCCACCCGCGUCAGCACGUGACCCCACAGCCGGGACUGCUGGUUAUAUCAGACAGGCAUAACGGCAUCAAGGCCGCCCUUGAGGCUCCGCACGGAGGAUGGCUACCUCCAGCUGCGUACCACACAUUCUGCAUUCGACAUGUGGCAGCAAAUUUCGCACUUACCUUCAAGGGCAAGGACGCAAGAAGGCUACUUGUGAAUGCAUCUUAUGCUAAGAUCGAGGUGGAGUUCGAUUAUUGGUUUGAUAUUCUACGGUCUAAAAACCCUGCCAUGUGUGAGUGGGCGAACCAGAUUGAGUAUUCAUUAUAG